AUGUCACUAGUGAUGAGCCCUACUGAAUUAAUAACUAUUAUUAUACUUUUGUUGCUUCCGAUUAUGUAUGAACACAGUCAUACGUUUCGCUAUUAUUUAAAAUUUGUUAUUUAUUAUGGUCUCAUAAUGUUAACAUCUGUCCUCGUAAUACCAAUAAUGAUUUGGAAACCAAGAAAUGUUGAAAACUUAAUAUUAGCUUCAUUCUUAUGUAGACAUAUAUCUGAUAUUUUGGGACUUCAAUGGGAACUGAGAGGAGGGGAUUAUUUAAAAAGAAAAGAACCUUGUGUAAUAGUAGCUAAUCACCAAAGUUCUAUUGACAUUCUAGGCAUGUUCGAAUUAUGGCCGGUUAUGAGAAGAUGUACUGUAGUAGCAAAAAAGGAGUUACUUUAUGCCGGACCAUUUGGAAUAGCAGCUUGGCUUUGCGGACUUGUUUUCAUUGAUAGACUGAAUUCUGAAGCUUCCAGAUUAGCUAUUAAUAAUUCAAUUAAGCAUCUUGAUGAAAAAAAAGUAUUAUUACAUUCAUGCGUUUGCUAUUGCUUUUUGUCUUUUAUUUAUAUGCAUUAA